AUGGUUUCGGCAGGCGAUACUCACGCCGUGCUUCUCCAAAGUGAUGGCUGUGCUGUGGCUUGCGGAUGCAAUACAUACGGACAAUGCAACAUCCCGCCCUUAGAUGAUGGAGUGUCGUGCACCCAGGUUUCUGCUGGAGGGAGCCAUACAGCGCUUCUCCAAAGUGAUGGCUGUGCUGUGGUUUGUGGAAGCAAUAUAUUUGGACAGUGCAACAUCCCGCCCUUGGACGAUGGAGUGUCAUUCGCCCACGUUUCUGCGGGAGGGGGUCAUACAGUGCUUCUUCAAAGUGAUGGCUGUGCUGUGGCUUGCGGAUGCAAUGACUACGGACAAUGCAACAUCCCGCCCUUAGAUGAUGGAGUGUCGUACACCCAGGUUUCUGCUGGAGGGAGCCAUACAGCGCUUCUCCGAAGUGAUGGAUUUGUUGUGGUUUGUGGAAACAACAGAUAUGGACAGUGCAACAUCCCGCCCUUGGACGAGGGAGUGUCAUACGCCCACGUCUCUGCAGGAGGGAGUCAUACAGCGCUUCUCCGAAGUGAUGGCUGUGCUGGUGCUUGCGGAUGCAAUAGAUACGGACAAUGCAACAUCCCGCCCUUAGAUGAUGGAGUGUCGUACACCCAGGUUUCUGCUGGAGGGAGCCAUACAGCGCUUCUCCGAAGUGAUGGAUUUGUUGUGGUUUGUGGAAACAACAGAUAUGGACAGUGCAACAUCCCGCCCUUGGACGAGGGAGUGUCAUACGCCCACGUCUCUGCAGGAGGGAGUCAUACAGCGCUUCUCCGAAGUGAUGGCUGUGCUGGUGCUUGCGGAUGCAAUAGAUACGGACAAUGCAACAUCCCGCCCUUAGAUGAUGGAGUGUCGUACACCCAGGUUUCUGCUGGAGGGAGCCAUACAGCGCUUCUCCGAAGUGAUGGAUUUGUUGUGGUUUGUGGAAACAAUGCAUUUGGACAAUGCAACAUCCCGCCCUUGGAUGAUGGAGUGUCGUACACCCAGGUUUCUGCUGGAGGGAGCCAUACAGCACUUCUCCGAAGCGACGGCCGUGCUGUGGCUUGCGGAGAGAACAUUUAUGGAGAAUGUAUUAUUCCGUCGCCUCAAGCAGGGACGUUCUAUGUUUGCCCUACGUUGCAAGGUAGAGACCUUGUGCUGCAGCUUGAUCCUGUUCGUGAGGAGAAUGAAGUGCGGCUGACAUUCUCCGGUCUGACCGGGGAAGAAGUCCUAUGCUUGAGUUUACUUAGGUCUGAUCUCGCAUGGGAUGCUCACAGGCGUAUCGCGCGUAAACUGAACGUUUGCCUGCCGAGUCUUCGCGUUGUCUUGCCUGAUGGGCAGCUUUUGGCCUCAGUUUGUCGUGCACAUCCAGGGGCCACACUUGCAGACGUGAUUGGAGAUCUGAAAAGAAGCAAGCGUUUGACGUCGGCGUUGUCCUCCCAGCCGCGGAGCAUGGGCCCGUUUGACCCGGAAGUGCCGGCCCAAGGGGAAACGGCUGAAAUGGAGCUGGCGCCCAAAGGUUGGGCAAGGAAGAUUCGACCCAUCGACCCUCGCACCAAUGAUGUGAAACGCCUCCGCAGCGACGAGGAGGAGCUGGCGCAAGCCAAGCGAGCGCUGCGUGGGGUGAAACCUGGAGAUUGGCAGGGUCACGCCUUCGCACACUACAGGAAGAAACUGAAAGAUGAGGGCCGUUGGUUGGCCUUGCCCGGCCUUGUGGACCUGGUUCGCCGGACCUCAGAGGAAGCCUUGAAGGCUGGUUCCUACUGCCUUCCGAAUAACAAUACGGCACAGGUGAGGUUAUCUCAGAAGCCCACUGUGCAGUGGGUUAGCAUGGAGAGUUGUGUGGAACCCGAGCCCUGUUCGGGCUUAGCACUUCCCCCGCUGGUAGUGUCGCACAAGACGCCCUUGGAAGCUGCAGGCACCCUUGGGCAGCACUUCAAGGGCCAUCCGGUGAUCGUCACUUUUGAGGCGUCGGAGUUUGAGAGAAGCGACGAGAAGAAAGGGCAGAUUGUGGAAGGGGACAAGAUUCGCCCUCUGUGGCGCCACUACUACCAGGGCACCAACGGACUGAUCUAUGUCGUUGACAGCAAUGACCGUGAUCGCAUUGAGGAUGCCCGGGAGGAACUCACUAAGAUGUUGAAUGAGGACGAGAUGCGUGAUGCAGUGCUGCUGGUUUUUGCCAACAAGCAGGACCUGCCACAAGCAAUGACCGCGGCAGAAGUGACUGAGAAGCUUGGCCUUCACAACCUUCGUCAUCGCCAGUGGUUCAUCCAGUCCGCAUGCGCAACCACUGGCGAUGGUUUGUACGAAGGUGGCUUCUUUCAGAAUUUCGCACAGCAAGGCCAGGACAAGAUUCGCCCUCUGUGGCGCCACUACUACCAGGGCACCAACGGACUGAUCUAUGUCGUUGACAGCAAUGACCGUGAUCGCAUUGAGGAUGCCCGGGAGGAACUCACUAAGAUGUUGAAUGAGGACGAGAUGCGUGAUGCAGUGCUGCUGGUUUUUGCCAACAAGCAGGACCUGCCACAAGCAAUGACCGCGGCAGAAGUGACUGAGAAGCUUGGCCUUCACAACCUUCGUCACCGCCAGUGGUUCAUCCAGUCCGCAUGCGCAACCACUGGCGAUGGUUUGUACGAAGGUAAGACGACCAUCUUGUACAAGCUGAAGUUGGGUGAAGUUGACAAGAUUCGCCCUCUGUGGCGCCACUACUACCAGGGCACCAACGGACUGAUCUAUGUCGUUGACAGCAAUGACCGUGAUCGCAUUGAGGAUGCCCGGGAGGAACUCACUAAGAUGUUGAAUGAGGACGAGAUGCGUGAUGCAGUGCUGCUGGUUUUUGCCAACAAGCAGGCCCUGCCACAAGCAAUGACCGCGGCAGAAGUGACUGAGAAGCUUGGCCUUCACAACCUUCGUCAUCGCCAGUGGUUCAUCCAGUCCGCAUGCGCAACCACUGGCGAUGGUUUGUACGAAGGCUUGGAUUGGCUUUCCCGCACUUUGUCCUCUAAGCGCUGA